UACAUCAAACGUUGCAAGGUGGAAUUUCCCGUGUUACGGCGGCGAGCAACAGACCACUUCCGCAGUAGAUGUCUUGGCACAGAGACGAGAGGCCGCCGCUAGCGGAAAGUUUUGAGGAUCAUGUUUAGCAAGUGAACAAAUGAUGGAAGGAAAAGGCCCGUACCGCAUCUACGAUCCGGGUGGGAGUGAUGUCAAGUCCAGGGAUGAGGCUGCAGGAGGAAGCAGCUAUCGACAGCUCCUGGAGGAGAACAGCAUGUUGAGAGAGAGGAUGAAGGGUCUGAAGAGCCUUGGUGACUUACUUGAAGAGUCUCAAUUAGAAGCGUCGAGGCUUCGUCAGCGCGUGGAGGAACUUGUGAGAGACAACGAGGCCCUCAAGUCCUCCAGCUUUGCUGCCAGUCUGUGCGCUGGUGUACACGCUCACACAGAAACGCAGAGUAAACCUUGUUUGCAUCCCACUGCUGAGCCGAAAGAAGCAGAUGCAAGCUGUUUAGCAAGGGCCAUGCAGGCCAACAGACUUAACGACACCUUAUCAGAGUUCGAAGCGGUCAAUAUGGAAAGGAGGACGUCAGAUGCCUUGACUGCCCGGUCUGCAAUAGGAGUCAUCCCUCUCUUGCCUCAGGAGAACGUCGAGCUGGCUAGCCAGCUGAAGAAAUUGGAGAGCUCCUUCAGCAUAUUCGCAGAAGAGUCCAACCCAAACCAGCUGUUAGCUCACCUGGGUCGAAUGGCUGUGGAGUUUCACCAUCUUUCCUCAAAGGUCCAAAAGAAUGAACUGAGGACAUCCCUCCUACAGACUCUAUGUGAACAGCUUAGAGAGGAGAACAAUGAGCUGCGGAAGAAAAUGGAAGAGGAUCAUCAUAUCAGGAAUCGAGACUUGGAACAGCUGAGGCAGGAAAAUCAGAAACUGAAGGAACUUGUGACAGGUGGCGCAGCAGUGGCGUCAACGUCAGCAGCAGCAGCUGCAGCGUCAUCGUCAUCAUCGUCAUCUGCGGCAGCAUCUGACACUGAAGCUCCCAAAACCAAAGAUGAGACCGUUAAAGAAGAAUGUACCACGGUGAGACCGAAGAUAGAAGCCUCUACCCCUCAGAAGAGUGGAAAAGCUGCUGAAAAAAGUCCAAACAAACCUUGUGACGUCGAGGUUUAUGAAAAGAAGAUAAAGCUCCUCGAGAAGCAAAGAAAAGAUGUACUGGAGGUGAAUAAGCAGUGGGACAUUCAGUGGAAUUCAAUGAAGUCACAGUUUGAACAGAAGAUCACUGACCUCAGGCAGAGGCUAGCCGAUUCUCAGAAGACUGUGCUUGAACUGGAGGCGGAGCGAGAGCAGAGGCAGCGCGACUACGACAAGAAACUGCUGCUGGCGAAGUCCAAGAUUGAAAAUGUGCAGGGUGAGAAGGAGUGUCUAAACACGGAGACGACUGAAUUGAAACAGAAAGUUCGCUACCUGCAGGACCAGUUGUUGCCUCUCAGUAAACAGCGGGAGUACCAGGAGAAGGAAAUCCAACGUCUCAACAGGGCUUUAGAAGACGCCUUAAAUUUACAUGCCCCAUCAUCCUCCCAACAACAACCUGGCCAGGACGCUGCCAAUCACCUGAAGAAACAGGAACUACUCACCCAAAUCGCUGUUCUAAAAGAACAGGUGAAAAUUUUUGAAGAAGACUUCAGAAAAGAACGCAGUGACAGAGAGCGAAUGAAUGAGGAAAAAGAAGACCUGAGGCGGCAGGUGGAGCGACUCCAGAUUCAGAUUACGAAUUUGACCAAUCAGCUGCAUCAGGCGCAGAACGAGUGUCAGCGAGAACACACAGAGCGAUGCAAGCUCGAAAGACUGCAGAUGCAGCAUCACAAGCAGGGGCAGCAGCAGGAAAGACGUACCUCAGACCCCACGUCGGGCUCAGUGAACGGCCCGCUGAGCCCCCCCUACUGUGGUCCCUUUGUGCAGGUGGGACCGCAGGGCCUUGAGGGCUGGCCCGUACACUUCCAUCCCCGGAUGCCCAAUGCAGCAGGUGCCACGGCAGCAACCGCCACAGCUCCGCCCCCCAUACGAGACUUCCAGCCUGUUACCCCGGGUUUUCCGUGGCAGUCCUCGUCAUUUCUACAGCCCAGAGGACCCAGAGCGGUGGGGGAAAGUUCACGACCAGCGCCAGAUAAUGCAGACCAGUCCACGGCGGCGGCAGCAGGAGGAGCAGGAGGAGCAGGAGGGGGAGGAUUUGGAAAAAGAGAGCGUCAGAAUAUAGAUCCCGGAAAGCACUAAAGUGUCACCGGAUAAUGGAACUUGGGUCGUAGCAUGAAAUCAGUUAGUUUUGCUUUGAAAGGGUGUGAUUUGAUCUAUAAUUUUCCUACUGAACUGUAGAUAUCCUAUUGUAAUGUUGUUUAUACUUGCGUUUUAUAAGGCUAUUUGUGGAACACUUCGCUUUCCUGAAUAUAAACAUGAACGAUUUCGAUUUUGUUUUUUUUUUAAAUCAUGAAUUGAGAUCUUUUGUUAAAUAGGUAGGUGACUUAACACUCCUUUUUUCCCCCCAGAAAAUCGAACUUUUUAUGUUGUAACCUGCAACAACUUGAUUUACAAACUUAUAUGGUUACAGCAAGCCGUUCCCUGUACGAGCAAAACCAUUCUCAUUCCAACAAUGGAUGACAACGUGGGUGAAUUCAAUCACUGAAUUUACAAAGUAAAUGUUAAUUGACCUGAGAAGACUUCCGCAGUACAUUGAUGUGAUAGAAACGUCCCGUAUGUGUAACUGGUCAAAAUGUGGUUGUUGCAUACAAAUGUUUGGGGGGGGUAGGGGUCUUGAGGGGAUUUUGACGUAUCAUACCAAAAACAUAUUUGUGAUCGAUAAUUUAUUUAUAACCUGCUGUUUUGAUAGUUGCAUUGACUCAGUGUGAAUCAUUGUCUUUCAGUAAUGCUGCUUAAUGUUGUGAGUGUAUUCCCGAUAUAUUGUAGCUCUUGACAUUUGUGUCAGACACAACACAUACCCAAGCCUUUCUUUUCACCAUGAUGAUGGACCUAAUCUCAUUAAACAACACUUCUGUGACUUUAUUUGACCACCUAUGUCACUAUCUUGUUAUCUCGUGCACAUUUUUUUUUUUUAUCCCUGUGCAGUACCCAACAGUUGUCUUCUAAUAGCUGCUAACUUACUAAUUCAUUAGUACAGAUACAGUUGCCAGAGCAGAGGAAGUCUGGGUUCAUCUUUGAAACCCGUGCCUUGCUGUAUGUAACACUUAGUCAGGAGCCAUGGUGUAAUGUGUAGGAGGCCACUUAAAUUUUAUUAUUAUUUUUUUUAACUGUCUCAAAUUCACACCAGUGUCUGAACCGAAUAUUCACUAGGAUUUCUUGCGUAUCGAACAUUAUGAGGAAAUUGGAUGAAGGCCUUCAAAAACUGCACAAGCUGAGAUAGUUUCAUUUUAACCGACUUAUUAGGUUACCAUGAACCGAAUCGGAUUGGUGGGAAGUGAAGGGAGACGUGCACUUUUGAAACGGUAUUCUUUGAUUCCUGGCAGUUGUAUUUCUUGGUUUGCAGCCCCUUUUAUGUUUGCUGUAGGUAAAAGCACAUGUGAGACCUUUUGUAUUUGACUGGCUUAAUAAAUCGAUUCUAAAUGUUUACUUUG